AUGGUGCUUCAUAAUGACAAAUGGAAGAAGAAGGCGACAAAGCUGAACAAUAAGAAGCACGGCGUGUCAAACUACAAGGGCAAAAACACCCAAGGUACGCCCACGCUUGAGCUAGAUGACCAUCCUGAGGCUGUCAGAAGGCGAGAACUUGCUGAAGCUGCUAUGAAUCCACCUGCAGAACCUCAAAGCGUACAAACCCUGGAGAGCGAUACUGCUUCAGAGUUUGACUUUUCAGAAAAUGGUGAUCUUGACAGUGAUGAAGAGGCAAAUGACCAUCGACCAGGACCGGGUCCGAUCAAGGGUCUACCAUCUCAAAGGAUUGCUCGAGACGAUGCAAGUCGCUUGACUGCUUCAAAGGCCGCAGUAUCAAAGACUAUCAAGGAGACGCCUCAUGGACCGACAAGUGCAACGAGUGCUGGUCAAGAUGAAGAUGACGAAUCGGCCACGCCAGGAGUCUAUGCCCGUCGUAAAUUGGUGGAUAACUCGUGGAGAUAUGAAGACGAGUACUUUGACCCUCAUCUGCAAGAGCCAGGCAUGGCUAACAGGACAGAGAUACCAGACGACUUCACAGGUCUGCAAGCUCGAGAGUUUGAGCUCAAUGAAGCCGAACGCGUUCCUGAAAGCAGUACAAGAUCACGCAUACGGCAAGAUGUCAAGCCGAUGGACGACUCAAGCGCUUUUGAAGCUUUGCGAAAGGCACAGCAACAGGAGGAGAUUGCGCGGGACUUGAAAGCACGGUAUGGUGUUCGUCGAGGCUACGCAAAAGUCAGUGAGCCUGCGCUUGACGAUGAUCUGUUCUUCAGCCAACUGGCGUUGCAGAACGUCCCGGAGCAGCCUAUCCCGCUAUCCAGUACUUCCGCGCGCAACGGCACCCCUGAUGAGCCUCUGAAAUCUAGAUCCGAGCAUGACAAGAAGCUGGAGUCCUACCUCGACAAGCUUCUCGGCUUGUGA